UAUCUGCACCAAACAAAAUUUUUCUGUAUGGUCACUCUUAAAAGUAUAAUCAAUGUUUGUUGUCGGAAAGUUUGUAAACAAUGUAUUGCGUUGCAGGAAAAUGUUUCAUUAAAUAAUGAAAAAACUAACUGAAAAAGUUCAUUCUGAAGAGCAACAAAAUGAAGUAGUAUGGAUAAAACGUAAAGAUGUGAAAAAUGCUGAUAUAACGUUAGAAAACCCUGAUAAACUUCCAAUUGUUUAUUCUAAGCGGUAUGGGGUGAAGUUCUGUUGUCUUGAAAAAUUGCAUCCUUUUGAUGCAGCAAAAGGUUUUCAUAUAGCGAAGUUGCUAAAGGAAUAUGAAUUUUAUACGCCUGGCCAAUUUUAUGAACCAACAGAAAUUACCAAAGAAGAACUGCUUAAAGUGCAUACCACGAAAUAUUUAAAUAGUUUAAAGUGGAGCUUGAAUGCUGCUCGUAUAUCGGAAAUACCGCCCUUGAUAUUUGUUCCAAAUUAUUUAGUUCAACGAGGUUAUUUGCGACCUAUGCGUUUUCAAACUGCCGGUUCUAUACUUGCUGGGAAACUAGCCAUUCGCAAUGGAUGGGCUAUAAAUUUAGGUGGAGGAUUUCACCACUGUUGCUCUUAUAAAGGUGGAGGUUUCUGUGCUUAUGCUGAUAUCACUUUGUUAAUAACAAAAGUUUUUGAAGAGGAGGAAUCUGUAUCAACUGCAAUGAUUGUUGACUUGGAUGCACAUCAAGGAAAUGGUCACGAACGUGAUUUUGUAAAUAAUGAAAACGUUUUUAUAUUGGAUAUGUAUAAUGCUGCAAUAUAUCCACGAGACCAUCAAGCUAAAGUAGCUAUACGUUGCGCUGCCGAACUACAACCACGCACUGAAGAUAUUUUAUAUAUGAAAAAACUGAAAAGUUCCUUAACAAGAUCACUCAAAGAAUUUCAUCCAAAUAUCGUUGUUUAUAAUGCUGGUACUGAUGUGCUUAAAGGCGAUCCCUUAGGAUUAUUGGAUAUAACUCCAGAUGGUGUUAUUGAACGUGAUGAAUAUGUUUUUUCAACUUGUCGCGAGCAUAACAUUCCGAUAGUUAUGCUACUUAGUGGUGGUUAUUUAAAAUCAUCUGCAAAAGUGAUUGCAGAUUCGAUUCUUAAUUUAAAGGCUAAGGGUUUAUUAAACUAUUAAUAAAUUAAAGCUCUUUAAAAAACUCUUCAAUGUAUCACAACUAAAGAUAUAAAAUAGACAAAUACAA